GAUUAUAUUUAACAAAAAAAUUGUUGAUUCAAACCUCGUACAGGCUGAUUCUACAAAACAUUUUUUCUGCGUGCAUGGAGAAUUUAGGCGAUUCGUCGCUAUUGCAUACAACCCAAAAUAGCAUACAAUUUGUGCAAGGAGCGAACCGCACUGAUUAUCCAUACAAAAUUUCGGGGAAAAUAAAUCGACCCUGUUGGGAUCAAAGUCUGAAAGUGAAUUCCUUUGCUAACUUUACACAAACUUUACAUUCGUCCUUGAUAAGAGUCGAGGGACAUAAACUUCAAAUAAAAAUGCAUUAGACCUAUUCAUACCUUGAAAUCUACGAUACGAGUUAUUAGCAAUAUUCUCUGUUAGUGAAAACUCAUUAGUGCUUGUCUGUUUCAAGUUGGCUUGAAGCAUUAAAGAAUUUUACUUCGGUUAUGAAAAAUUCAACGAAUUGUUUUUGUUAUGCUUAAAUUUAAACAUCAAAAAUAUGAUUCAGUUUUCAAGAGAUCUAAAUUUUAGUUGGUGAUAACUGGUUUUAGGAACAUUGCUUUGCCUCAAUCAUUUUCGGCCAAAUAAAAACAAAUGAAUUUUGUGGUUGCUUCUCAAUUAUUACUCAGCAAUGAUUUAAAAUAAAUUAAUGAAAAUCCGCUUCACUCCGAAUAUUCAACCAUUUUUAGUUCCGGUUUCACCAUUCAAAACAUCAAAUUGGUGGGCAUUCUAGUGUUCAUGAGUCCGUAAUCUACCACUUGAACCAGUCACUAGCUUCAACCAGACGUGAAUAGGCGCGUGGAUCGAGUGCCGAAAAAUGAUGGGCCCGAGACGGCAACUUGACUCGACUAUUACCAAAACUCUCUCCUUUCGCGUUGCGUGAGUUUUCGGCCCGUACGCUUAUCUGGCUCUGUUUUCGGGUGUGGGGCAAAGGGCUGUUGUUGGACAAAUUGUUUUUAAAAAUAAGAAUAAUAUUAUUGUAAAUUGUUUGCUGUUUUCAUCAGCUUAGGAUUUCAUCUUAAUUUUACCUAACAAUCCUUGAAAACUAAAUGACGAUUUAAAAAUUUUAAAUGAUCGCUUUAUGAUCCUUUACCCCGCAACUCUUCACGUGGACGCGUGUAAAGUGGGACAACGACGACGACGACGCCGCCGAUCAACAACACCACCGAAUUCACAUAAUAAUGAGUGGCUUGGGUGGACCAAUGUUGGCUUAACCGUCGAUCAGCACGGUCGUCGUCGUGAACACACACGGUUUGAACAGUGACUCUGCACAGACCUGACUUUGCACAUUCCUCUCGCGGGGACGAUGGAGUUCAACAAUAACAAAGGCGAGGAAAAGUUUCCCUUUAGUGUAAAGUUCGUCGAGGAACCGCUCAAUUCGCAACUUUUGGAGCACUUUCAUGGGGAGAAAACGGGCUUCGUGCAAGCUGGUGAUGAGAAAUGGUUCUUUCCCAGCAAGUUUUUAAAUUGUGCCCAAAAUUUCUACAACUUUCAAGCCAGACCCGAUGAUGUUUGGAUUUGCACGUACCCCAGAUCGGGUACGACUUGGACUCAGGAGAUGCUUUGGCUGAUUUGCAACGACCUGGACUUUGAGACUGCUGGAAAGGAAAAACUGACGAAACGAUUUCCAUUUUUUGAAUUCCACAUCUACAUGCACGAUGAGAUGAAGGAGCAAUUUCUAGCGGAAGCCACGUGUCCCGAGCACCGUGAGAUCAUCGAGGCAGCCUCCAAACCAGCCUACGACUAUCUGAACUCGUUGACCGGCCAGCGAUUCAUCAAGACACAUUUUCCCAUUUCACUGCUGCCACCUAGCAUUUUUCACGUGCAAGCUAAAGUCAUUUACGUUGCCAGAAAUCCGUCCGAUGUGGUUGUGUCUUACUAUCAUCUGAACAAAUUGUACCGCACGCAAGGAUACGUCGGCGAUUUUGAAACGUUCUACAACUACUUUGAAAAGGAUCUGACUCCCUGGUCACCGUACUGGUCCCACCUGCGCGAAGGCUGGCAGGCACGCUCACUUCCGAACGUUCUUUUCAUGUUCUACGAGGACAUGAACAAGGACCUACCGGCCACGAUCCGCAAGGUGGGUGCCUUCCUCGGAAAACCCGACCUCUCCGACGAGCAGGUGGCCACGCUGGUCGAUCACUUGAGCAUUCGAAACUUCAAAAAUAACACCUCCGUAAACGGAGAAGAACUGAAGGCGGCCGGAAUUUUAAACUCCAAGGCGCAGGACUUUAUCCGGAAGGGCCAGGUCAACGGGUCCGGGAGCGAACUGACGGACGAGAUUAAGGAACGGAUUCGGGUUUGGUCGGAGCGACAUUUGGCCAAGACGGAUAUGAGAUUUCCGGAGGUUUGAAGGUUGUUCAUCGUUGUGGUACUCUUAGUAAAAUGUUGUUGAUUGU